AUCGGUCGCAUGUGGAUAAAUUAAAGACUGUAGUAAAAAGAGGAAAUGAUUCAAAUUCUGAAAUUAGGCAAGGGAGGUUUUCAUUUGGGAUAUUAGUUUGUGUUUUGCCAAAUAAAAUUUCAGAGUUAGCAAUAGAUAGGGCUAGAAUAUCAGAAU